CAACUUUGCCAUCUAGAGAAUUCCCAAUUACCCCCUUCCUCAGGAGCGAAGACUCGGCUCAGAAAUAUAAAAAUAUAAAAAAAAUAACACACUCGUUGAUUAUUUCAGAUCACACCUCUUCUCAGAGGCAUUUUGUCAAACAGUUGAAGAAAUCUCUGAAGAAGAUAAAUUUGUAGAGAGAGAAAGUACUAAUUGUAUCACGGCGGCGGCAAUGGCGGAAGGAGAGAGCGUGAAGCUGUUCGUAGGACAAGUGCCGAAGCUCAUGACGGAGUCGCAGCUUCUCGCAAUGUUCAGAGAAUUCGCUCUCGUCGACGAAGUCAACAUUAUCAAAGACAAGGCCACGCGCGCUUCCCGAGGAUGCUGUUUCGUGAUAUGCCCGUCGAGAGAGGAAGCAGACAAGACAAUAAAUGCGUGUCAUAACAAGAAGACGCUGCCCGGGGCAUCCAGUCCGCUGCAAGUGAAGUAUGCUGAUGGCGAGUUGGAAAGGCUAGAGCACAAGCUGUUUGUUGGCAUGCUACCAAAAAAUGUAUCUGAUGAUGAGGUGUCUACUCUAUUUUCGGACUACGGAACAAUAAGAGACUUGCAAAUACUCAGAGGUUCCCAAUUAACUAGCAAAGGUUGUGCUUUUCUAAAAUUUGAGACGAAAGAGCAAGCACUUGAAGCAAUAGAAGCCCUCAACGGAAAGCAUAAAAUGGAGGGUUCAACUAUUCCUUUGGUGGUGAAAUGGGCCGAUACAGAAAAGGAAAGACAGGCUCGAAAAGCUCAAAAAGUUCUCUCACAGACGUCCAAUAUACAAACCGCCGAUUCCAUGCAGCAGCAUCCACCUAUGUACGGUGCACUGCAAAUGGGCUACAUGCCUGCAUAUAAUGGAUACGGUUAUCAGGCACAGGGGACUUACGGACUGAUGCACUACCGGAUACCACAAUUGCAGAACCAACAUGCCUUUGCCAAUUUGGUUCCACCUUUAAACAACCAGGGAAGUGGCGGCGCUGUACGUGGAGUAACGCCCGAUCUUUCAACCGGAUUGGCGGCAAGAAAUUAUCCAACGAGUUACAAUUUAGGAUCUGCUUAUCCAGCGGUUCAAUAUCCCGUCGCAACAUAUCCUGGUGGAGGAAUUAUCACUAAUCGCCAAUUGGGAACUUCUUCUGCAGCAUCCUCAAGUGUCAGUACCAGUUCUGGGGGUCAGACCGAAGGUCCACCUGGAGCGAAUUUGUUCAUUUACCACAUUCCUCAAGAAUUUGGUGAUGACGAGCUUGCAAAUGCCUUCCAGCGUUUUGGUAGGGUAUUGAGUGCCAAGGUUUUUGUCGACAAAGCAACUGGUGUCAGCAAAUGUUUCGGAUUUGUGAGUUACGAAUCACCGGCCGCUGCACAGAGUGCAAUUAACACGAUGAACGGCUUUCAGUUAGGUGGUAAAAAGUUGAAGGUUCAACUUAAAAGGGAAAACAAGCAAAGCAAACCUUAUUAACUUUAGGUUAAGCUAUGGAUGGGAGCUAAAUUAUACGAAGCACGAAAACCUAACACGAGAUCUUAAAUGGGGGAAGGUUGUUGGGUGUGGACACAAUUGUCAUGCCCAAUAUCCAUCCUCGUGGGAUCAAGUCCCGUAAACAUGUUUAUUCUUCAUUGAAUUUGUGUCAUUGUACUUGUAGUUUGUAAAAUUGUUACCAAUUAGAAAAUUGAUUUAUUUAUUGAUUUAUUUUUAUUCAGAUGAAGAAUAAUUGUUGUGUGAAUUUCAUGAAAAAAAAUUGACAGGAUUUGUUAUGGAACACUUAACUUUCUGUGUGA